GAACUCUAUCCGCCACUUCUCAACUAGUAGCUCCAACCGAAACGCCAGCUAUAUCUCACCGCAUAAUAUCUGUGGCGUUUCGCUUCAAAUAGAACUUCCAACCUGUUUUCCGUCUCCGGCGUCUAAGGCAGGGCCUACCUAAGCCUUACUGACGAGGCCCGGAACGAAACGCAUGGUGGUUCAACGCGCGCCAGAAAAACAAACUUCUAUUUACCCAAACGGGUAACGGUAAAGAGUUAUUAUUAUUAUAUAUAUUAUUUUCGAAAACUCGAAUAUUACUCGUAACGAAUAAAUGUUUACAGCGCUUUUUUCAAUUUGAAAAUGCCGCGCGUACAGCACACGCCCUUCUGCUUCGCUGUCUCUACGUAAACAUCCGUAUGAUUGAAUGAAUUUGAUCUAAAUGGUUUGGCCAAGAUCACACGCAACGYUUUUAAAUGCUAUCUUCUAAUAAUGCAAUAAACAAUAAAAAAUAAAUUAUUUGGACUGCUUCUAGCCCCUGAAAAUCCACAAAACACGAAUCGUUUGCCAAAAACAAUAAAAUAAGUGCUAACCUAACCUCAAACUCACUUGCGCAUGUUAUUUAACCAACGAGUCAGGUUGGCUUAUAUGCGCUAGCAUCCAAAACCUCUAUGUUUUGUUUGUUUGUUUUUAUUGUCAAAUGUCGGCGUCUGUUGCAUUUUGCGUGGCAUAUAGUGAAAUAAAUCGAAUUUAAGCAGUUUUUUCGGAACGAAAUGCCGGGCACCGUGUUGGAGAAUCUCAGCGGCAGGAAGCUGAGCGUUUUAGUGACUGUUUUGCUGCUCAGCCAACUAGCAUGCUUUCUAGUCGGGCUGAUUUCGCCCAGCCCAGCAAGCUCCCAACCCAUCCUUGCUACCGUUUGCGUGGAUAAAAACCCAUCAGCCGAUUCGAUGGAUCGCUGGUUUGCCAGGACAUGCCCUCAUAGGAUAGAACUGAGCAAUGUUGCAGCCACUGAACAACUGAAGUCUAAUAAUUUGGUAUUUGCUAUGGAAAUGCCCCAACACAUGAACGACUUUUCGCGCUGGCAACAAAACUUGGCCGGUGUUCUUCAGUUCGAUGUAGUUUAUACAGAAGGCGGAAAGUUGAUAAAUACCAUGAUUGAACUUACAUUAGACGCAAGACUGGCGUAUAGCGACAAACUGGCAGACGGUGGUCAAACUCCCUGGACUUAUUACAAGCAUUCUAAGGCGAAAAGAUACAUGGAUUGCCAUUUUGACGAGCACCACAAUAUGAAGGAUAAAGUGGGAUACCCGUACAGCUGUACAAUGGUGCCUCUGUUCGAACUAGGGUCACUUUACCACGAUUAUUAUCUGCUUAAUUUAAGAAUUAUUUACGAUGAACGGCUGAACCUGAAUACACAUUUGGGCAAAGUGGAUGAUAUUUAUCUGCACAUCAUUCACAUGAAUGGUGGCUUUACAAAAGUGUGGGUCAGCAUGAAAACUGUGUUUUUCCCUCUAAUAAUCGGAGUUAUGAUCUGGUUUUGGAAUCGCGUACAUUUAUUGGCGCGAACUCCAGCUCUACUCGAAUACAUGUUGAUUUAUCUUGGCAGCGCGCUGGUUUUUCUCAAUUUUCCUGUGGAAUAUUUCACUCUGUUCUUUGAUAUGCCUUAUAUGCUGUUGCUGACUGAUAUUAGGCAAGGCGUUUUCUAUGCAAUGCUUUUAUCGUUUUGGCUGGUUUUCACUGGCGAGCACAUGCUUAUUCAGGAGUCCGGUGAUAGAAAUAGUCUCAAGAAAUACUGGAAACAUCUGAGUUCUAUAGUGAUUGGCUGUGUGUCUCUACUGGUUUUCGAUUUGUGCGAAAGAGGCAUUCAUUUGGUCAAUCCAUUCCAUUCCAUUUGGGUCACUCCGAUCGGCACCAACUUAGCUCUGACCUUUGUUAUUUGCGCGGGUCUUUCUGUCGGAGUUUACUUCAUAUUUUUAUGCUACAUGAUUUGGAGGGUUUUCAAGAAUAUCAGCGUUAAAAAAUCAAUCCUACCCAGCAUGACUCAAGCCAGACGUUUACAUUACGAGGGAAUCAUGUACCGAUUCACUUUCCUGAUGGCGGCGACUUUAGUUUGCGCUGGUAUUACAGUGGUUUCGUUUAUUUUCAACCAGUACACUCAAGGUGAGCACAAGUGGGACGAUUCGAUGGACAUUGAGUGGACGUCUGUUAUACAUACGGGGGUUUACGGGAUGUGGAACGUCUACAUUUGCGCCCUAUUAAUGUUGUAUGCUCCCAGCCACAAACAGUGGCCGUCUGAGCCACUGAGCGAAGAAGUUGAAUUCAGUCGUUUGUCUAGCGACACCACAGCAACUCCCAAUGAAAUUUCGUCCCUAACUUCAUUUGUUGCCAAAGCCAACAUUGAAUAGGUCUUGUUCUGUUUAACUCCAGCUAUGCAUUUGCCAUUUUUCUCAUAAUAAUUGUGAUAUUUCAGUGUCUGUAGAAAUUCCAAGCUGGAUAGAACCAGUUCAUUUCGUUUCAUAAUGCUGGGUUUUGUUUUAUUCGACAGUUUGCAAAAUAAACCCGGUAUUGGAAGGUGUAUUUUUACGUUUUUUUUCACACCUGUCAGGCCCACUUAUUAUUAUUGACCGAAUUGUAUUAUUUUAAGUCUAUUUAUUUUAUUCCCGACUUAAUUCCUCUAGUGCUACUUGCGUGUCCAAAGCGCUUCAAUAUACUUUUAGCCCGCCUGAUUUAAAUUAUUUCAUAAAUCGUAUGGUUAGAUCUUAUGGUGGAUAUAGUUGAUCUGUAACUGAGCUGUAGUAUUAUUAAUAUGUAUUUCCAGUAUUAUUUUCCAUGAUCUAUUUGUUUUACGAAUAUAGUAUGUAUGGUUGAACUUUUGUAACUCGCGUGUAAGCAAUAACGACUUAGGAAAUAGAUGUCUUUACAUUUAA